AUGCUUAAACUUCACCAAGAUCUUCACCCAGAGCAAAAGCCAACAUCUCCAUUUUGGAAAAAUUUCACUGAAUUAGCGAACUGGCAACCAGGAAAUGAUGAUCGGAAUGUGGCGAAAGUAACGCUUCGUACACGACCUGAAUUUCGAAAUACCUUCUCUGGCGAGGAAAAAAGUAAAAGAGAUCUCAAGGUUAUCGUAUGUCAUGAUAUGGCGGGCGGAUAUAUCGAAGACUAUUUCAAAACCGGCUAUAACAUUCAAUAUUGGCAAUAUGUUGACACGUUUAUCUAUUUCUCGCAUAAUCGUGUUGGAGUCCCUCCGCCACAAUGGACAAAUGCAGCGCAUCGUAAUGGUGUUAAAGUAUUAGGUACAUUGAUCACCGAAUGGGACGGCGCUAUACUCGAAAAUGAUUUAUGGGUUCGUGGGCCUAAUUACGAAGGAAAAUUAUCAGAAGGGGGAAAUGUAGACCGAAGUAUUGUCAGUACUGUUUUCGCAGAUAAAUUGAUUCAAAUGGCUGAAUAUUAUAACUUUGAUGGAUGGUUUGUAAAUGUCGAAGCACCAUUAGUCGGAGGUCCUGCACACGCUAAACAGUUAGUAAAGUUUCUGGAAUAUUUCACACGAGAAAUUCAUCGUAAAAUCCCUGGAUCCUUGGUUGUAUGGUACGAUUCAGUAACUACUGAAGGAUUCGUUCAAUGGCAAGAUCAGCUAAAUGAUGCAAAUUACCCAUUUUUUAAAUCAACUGACGGUAUUUUCAUAAAUUAUACUUGGCAACAACAAUUUCCUGCUCUUUCUGCUGUCAGAGCAGGUGAAAGAAGACAACGUGAUGUUUAUACUGGAAUCGAUAUUUGGGGACGUAAUACCUUUGGUGGUGGCGGUUUUUCCACGUUUAAGGCGUUGGAAGUAAUUAAAAACGCAAAUACAUCCGCAGCUCUAUUCGCUCCAGCUUGGACAUUUGAGCAUCUUGGCCUAGAAAAUUUUUGGACUAACGAUAAAUUAUUUUGGCAAGGUGGUGUAUUGCCGCGACCAACUGAAGGAGAUAAUAAAACUGGAGAUGUUGGAACAACAAUGGCGAGGAAUCCUGGCGUUGCUGAUUAUAUUGCAGCGCGCUACCCACCCGAUAACAAAUUAUUUUACACGAAUUUUUCUCGAGGGUGCGGAAAAAACUUUUAUGUUGAUGGUCGGUUGGUGUUAUCAAAUCAGGAUUGGUACCAUUUAAGCCAUCAAUCUAUUCAGCCGAAUAAGCUUCCACCAACAUCAUCACCAUUGACAUUUGAUUACUCGUUCGAUAAAGCGUAUCAAGGAGGAACCUCUCUUAUCGUUACACAAACUGCUGCAUCACAAUUAACUGUUUUUAGUCUUCCACUCUACGAAUUAGAUGUUCGAUUGUCCACAAAUGGCCCAACUCGAAUCACAAUCACCUAUCUUCCUUCUCAAGAUGGUGUUCGUAUUAGUACUUAUGUGAAAUUGGGAUUAAGUUCUUUAGACACAAAGGAUUUCAAUGGUGUAGUUGGAUUUGCAGGUGGAAAUGAUAAUAAUGUUAAUAAUGAUGGAAGUGAUGGAAAAACCGCCGUAGUUUUAUUAUCGUUCGAUACUUCCGUGAUUCAUCCAGAAAAUAAUCAACCUGGAACAUCAUCGUUACCACCAGAUCAAGUAAAAAUGUUUGAGCCGACUAUUCGAUUAAAUACAAAUGGAUGGAUCACUUCAGAAUUCUUAUUGGAUCCAAACACCUUUUCGCCUCCCUUAGGUGAAAGCCCAUUCCAAUUUUCAAUCCAAGAAUUGGGAUUGACCAUUUUCAUUUCGCCAACUGGAAAUGAUAAAGUCUUGUCGAAAUCCGAAAUAUUGGCACAUAUUGGUGAAUUGUCUAUCAUUCCACUAAUUCCUGAAUUAUCACCAUACGAAGAAGUUGUACAUAAUGUUUUUUGGAAUCCUCAACACGUCGAUAAUAUUAAAGAUCAAGGAUUACUACGUAUUUGGGGCAACGUUAAAUGGGAAAUGGGAGUUCGUGUUAACGAUGAUGAUUCUUUCAACAAUACUUCAACUGGUCCAUACGCAAACACUUAUGCAUAUUAUCAUGUGUAUGCAGGAUUAUCGACCGACCCUAAAGCAAAGCCAGUAUUGAAUGAGUUGACGUUUUUGGGCAUUGCUGAUACAAAUUCUUUUUGGGUUGCUGGGUUUGAUGUAUCAGCUGAUAAAGUUAAGAAUGAAAACGCUGGUUUGAUUAUUUGGAUUCAGAGUGUUAAAGAGCAAAGUGGGGUGAAAGCAGAAAUUUUUGAGUGGCGUAGGUGUUGGAUAAAAUUGACGGGAUAUAUCAUGUAA